AUGUCUGAGACUUUCGAGUUCCAGGCUGAGAUCUCUCAGCUGCUUUCCCUCAUCAUCAACACCGUUUACUCCAACAAGGAAAUCUUUUUGCGAGAACUGGUUUCCAAUGCCUCUGAUGCCUUGGACAAGAUUCGCUACAAGUCCCUGUCUGAUCCUAGCCAGCUCGACAGCGGCAAGGACCUGCGCAUCGACAUCAUCCCCAACAAAGAGGCCAAGACCUUGACCAUCCGGGACACUGGUAUUGGUAUGACCAAGGCUGACCUCGUCAACAACCUGGGUACCAUUGCCCGCUCCGGCACCAAACAGUUCAUGGAGGCUCUCACUGCUGGCGCCGAUGUCUCCAUGAUUGGCCAAUUCGGUGUUGGUUUCUACUCGGCCUACCUCGUGGCUGACCGAGUCACUGUCGUGUCCAAGAACAAUGAUGACGAGCAGUACAUUUGGGAGUCCAGUGCCGGCGGUACCUUCAGCAUCACUGCCGACACCGAGGGCGAGCAGCUCGGCCGUGGUACCUCAAUCAUUCUUCACCUCAAGGACGAGCAGGCUGAGUACCUGAACGAGAGCAAGAUCAAGGAGGUCAUCAAGAAACACUCCGAGUUUAUCUCUUACCCCAUCUACCUCCACGUCACCAAGGAGACCGAGAAGGAGGUUCCCGAUGAGGAUGCCGUUGAGGAGGUCAAGGAGGAGGAGGGUGACGACAAGAAGCCUCGUAUCGAGGAGGUCGACGACGAGGAUGAGGAGAAGGAGAAGAAGAAGAAGACCAAGAAAGUCAAGGAGACCACAAUCGAGGAGGAGGAGCUCAACAAGCAGAAGCCCAUCUGGACUCGCAACCCCCAGGACAUUACCCAGGAGGAGUAUGCCUCUUUCUACAAGUCUCUCUCCAACGACUGGGAGGAUCAUCUCGCGGUCAAGCACUUCUCCGUCGAGGGUCAGCUCGAGUUCCGAGCCAUCCUGUUUGUUCCAAAGCGUGCUCCCUUUGACUUGUUCGAGACCAAGAAGACCAAGAACAACAUCAAGCUCUAUGUCCGCCGCGUGUUCAUCACAGAUGAUGCCUCUGAGCUGAUCCCCGAGUGGCUGAGCUUCGUCAAGGGCGUCGUCGAUUCCGAAGAUCUGCCCCUCAACCUCUCCCGUGAGACUCUCCAGCAGAACAAGAUCAUGAAGGUGAUCAAGAAGAACAUUGUCAAGAAGUCUCUGGAGCUCUUCAACGAGAUUGCCGAGGACAAGGAGAUGUUUGACAAGUUCUACAGCGCCUUCUCCAAGAACAUCAAGCUUGGCAUUCACGAAGACUCCCAGAACCGUCAGCAGCUCGCCAAGCUGCUGCGCUUCAACUCGACCAAGUCUGGCGACGAGCAAACCUCCCUGUCCGACUACGUCACUCGCAUGCCGGAGCAUCAGAAGAACAUGUACUACAUCACCGGCGAGUCCAUCAAGGCCGUCUCGAAAUCUCCCUUCCUCGACACCCUUAAGGAGAAGGGCUUCGAGGUCUUGUUCCUCGUCGACCCCAUUGAUGAGUAUGCCAUGACUCAGCUGAAGGAGUUUGAGGAGAAGAAGCUUGUCGACAUCACCAAGGACUUUGAGCUCGAGGAGACUGAGGAGGAGAAGAAGGCCCGCGAGGAGGAGGAGAAGCAGUACGAGUCUCUUGCCAAGAGCCUGAAGAACAUUCUCGGCGAGAAGGUUGAGAAGGUUGUUGUCUCGCACAAGCUCGGACUUUCCCCCUGCGCCAUUCGCACCGGCCAGUUCGGUUGGUCUGCCAACAUGGAGCGUAUCAUGAAGGCCCAGGCUCUCCGCGACACCUCCAUGUCCAGCUACAUGUCUUCCAAGAAGACUUUUGAGAUUUCUCCCAAGUCUCCCAUCAUCCAGGAGCUGAAGAAGAAGGUGGAGGCUGACGGUGAGAACGACCGGACUGUCAAGUCUAUUGUCCAGCUCCUCUUUGAGACAUCUCUGCUUGUGUCGGGCUUUACGAUUGAGGAGCCUGCUGGCUUUGCCGAGCGCAUCCACAAGCUCGUCCAGCUUGGUCUCAACAUUGAGGAGGAUGAAACCGCCGCCCCCACUGAGGCGCCUGCUGAGGAUGCUGCUCCUGCUGCCGAGACUGGCGACAGCGCGAUGGAGGAGGUUGACUAA